AGGGCUCAGUGUUUACUUCCUGUGCGAAAGGUGAAAUCUCAUCUGGAAGAUUUCUCCUCCGUGGUUCGUCUCUUCUCGUGUCGCUUUCUUCUUGCUUUGAUAGAAGUUAAUUAGACUACGUGACCGAGUAAGAGAAAGAUCCUACAAACCUCACUGUUAAACAUGUCGUCUGAUAAACCAAUCGGACCUGCCUUGCCCCCGAUGUUCAGGAAGGAGAGCGACGAGGACUCUGAUAGUGAAGAGGGUUUCGCUGGCCCCGCGCUGCCUCCGGGCUACAAGCGGGGAGAACCGUCGAGCUCCUCGGAUGGGAGUGAGGAGGAAGUGUCGGUCAAAAGAGCCAAGACGAGCCACGCAUCCGGAGACAGAGCCGCCGAGGCAGAGAAAAAGAAGACACAAGAAGAAGAUGAUGACGACGGCUUCUUCGGACCAGCUCUCCCACCAGGAUUUAAGAAACAACAGUGCUCACCAGAAAGGCCACCUGUGCUGGGACCAGCUUUACCUCCCGGCUUUCGCAGAGCAGCAUAUGACGACGAUGAUAACGAUGAUGAUGAUGAUGGUGAAGAUGGGGAGGGUAUCCCGGGGCCGGCCCUACCCCCAGGCUACCAGGCUCAGCCCUCCAGCAGCGAGGGAGAGGAUGAGGAAGUGAUUGGACCCAUGCCGUCCAAAGGGCCUAUUAGGGACUCUGUGGCUCAGGACUUUGAGCGGAGAGCGCGAAUGAUGAAGGAGAAACUCACAGGAGACGACACCCCUGAGGUGGUGAGCAGAGAAACAUGGAUGACUGAGCUCCCACCAGAGCUGCAGCACAUCGGCUUAGGGGCUCGAACUUUUAAGAAGAAAUCGGGUCCAGAAAACAAAGAUCGCUCCAUGUGGACAGAUACGCCCGCAGACAGGGAGCGCAAAGCCAGGGAACGCCUUGAGAGAAAGGAGAAGGGCGAGGAGGAGAAGGAUAGUCCCCCACAAGUCCCCCAUAAGGACUUAGAAAUGGCAGAGAAAGUGUCCAAGUUUAAUGAGACUAAGCGUGCUGAGUCUCUGAUUAGUUUGCACACAAAGAAGAUGAAAGAAAAAGCAAAGGAGGUGGCUGACAAGCCAGUGGAGAGGAGACCGUUCGACCGGGAUGAGGACUUGCAGGUGAAUCGCUUUGACGAGGCGCAGAAGCAGCGGCUGCUGAAGAAAUCUCAGGAACUGAACACGCGGUUCUCCCACAGCAAGGACCGAAUGUUCCUGUAGCCAUCGGGUCAGAAUGUGAUGUGUUCAAAUGUUUGCAGAUCUGCAGCUGCAGUCUCGCUGGGGAAAUUUUCAUACAGGGAUUUUUUUUUGUACAAUACGGACUGUUUCUACAAAUACUGGUGUGUUACACUGAUAGAUAGACAGAAUUACAUUUUGUGUUGCUCUAUGAGGUAAACUAAACUCGAUGAAGCAAACUGUGAGGACGUGGCAGACUUAUUGGACAGAUUUAUUUAUGGGGGUUCAUGUCAUCGACUUGGCACAGUGCUACAGCAAAAGUACAAGCUGUGUGGCUGGCUUUUUCCCCCCAAAGAGAUGCUAUUUUAUGGCAAAUGAUAUACAUGUUGAUAUUCAGCACGUCCAGAUUAUCUUUUGAUAUUGAGAAAAAUCAUCUGUAAAAUUAAGUGUAGUUGAAAUUCAUCCCUUUCAACUGGUAUGCUGAAAUAAUCCAGAAAUUAGGAAAAUAAAAUGAUAAAUAAAUGGAUAUAUUAUAAUUCUGGCUCAUUCAACGUUCCAUCAACAAUCAAAGUUCAAGCAAUUAUUCACGUUAAUUUAACCUCAUUAAAUAUUGUUGAUGUUUGUGUACAGUGAUUGGAAACUGCUCUUUGGCCAUUCAGAUCAGUGGCAUAAAAACUGUCUGAUUAAUUUCAUUGCAUGUACAACUUUUUGUACAGAUUGCUGUAUGUUACGCUGUAUCCACCUCUUGUUGCUUUACAGACUUUCAUGUGUCCAACAAACUACUUAUCCUUUUUUAUAAAUCUCAAGUUGAUUAAACUUUGUUUUUCAAA